UCAAGCUGCCCAGCUUCAGUUAGCCAGUAGUCCGUUUGUCCGUCGCACAGGUGUGUGUCGACCCGUCCCUUUUGUGUCAGAUGCCGAAAACUCCAGAUGAGGAGCUAAAUGCCCGGUGACUGGACGGUUUCCUCGGACUCUCUACAAACAAACCGGCCUGUUCGUGGGACCAAAAAACAAAAAAGCAAGCAGCGCUACCGGGUCUUCACGGUAACAUGUUAGCCCCAGAACGACAGGUGCACAGCGGCUUCGAGAUUUGAGACGUUAGCCUCAUCGUUUGUGGUACAGAUAGCUUGUAACGGCUACAGCUCUGGAAACCAGUGUCAGUUUUGUACCAAGACAACACGUUGGGACGCCUAUUAAAGCAACCUGACAUCUACAAGUGGUGAAGUUCUACAUCAGGAAACCUGCAGCUGCCUUUCCCUCUCCCUCUCCACCUGCUCUGCCUCUCUGUUUCUCCAGUUACACUCUCCUCUCCCUUUUCUACCCACCUCCAUCUCUGUUUUCAUCUUAACCAUCUUAUCUCGAAUCCCCACCACUCCCUCAUCCCCUUUUUUCACUUCUUUCCAUUUCAACACCUUUCAACCUCCCACCACCUACACCCGACCUCACAGUUUGAAUACUGACAUGGCCUCGGCACAGUCAGAGCAGUCCAGUGUCCUGCAAGAGGAGCUCACCUGCCCGGUGUGCCUGGACUUGUACCGCGACCCCCACUUGCUUCCAUGUGGCCACAACUUCUGCAAGACCUGCCUGGACCGCCUAAAGCGGCAAGCGGAUCGAGGUCGCUUCCGCUGCCCGGAGUGCCGCGACAGCCACCGGUGCGGCACCAACUUUCAGAAAAACUUCAAACUAGCCAAUAUUGCGGACGACUACCGUCACCGGCGCAGAGCGACCACUGCUGCUGCUACAGCUCUAAAGUCCAGAGAACUGCUGUCAACAUCUCUGUCAGCGCAGCAAGCCAGGGGUGUGUCAGCUGUUCCAUGUGACUACUGCCCCUCAGUCGCCGCCGAGGCAUCAGGCGUCAGUGCGGUUGGGGAAGGGUCUUCCCCUGCCUCUGUUUCUCAGGAAGAGGGUGACAAGCAGGAAGCUGCUGCCGCCGCCGCCGCCACCACCGCUGCUGCUGCUGUGUCGUCGAUGUUUGCGGUCAAGACGUGCCUGAAGUGUGAGGUGUCGAUGUGCCAGGAGCAUGUGAAGCCACAUCUGGAACUGCCGGCGUUCCGCGAGCAUCCACUGACAGAACCGAUGAACGACUUCUGGAAGAGGAAGUGCCCGGAUCAUGAUGAGAUAUACAGAUAUUACUGCAUGGAUGACAAGAUAUGCGUGUGCAACGCCUGCACCAUAGAAGGAGGACACUCGGGACACACAAUCAAGACCCUGAAGAACACGAUGAAAGAUCUCAAGGGCACGCUGGAUAAGCAGCUGUACAGGGUUGAAAGGAAGUUCAGCAUGGCGGAGAAAAAACUCCAGGAGCAGAAGGAGAAAGAGAGACAGAACAAGAAGUUUAUGGACGACUCCGAGCAGUGCUUGAACAGGCUGGGGGAGGAGAUGAAGGCCAAAGUACUCCGCUUCGUGACCAGGUUGCGGGAGUGCUCGCGCACUCACUGCGACACCAACGGGCCGGCGAUUCAGAAGAACAUCUUCAGGAUCUGUCAGGACAAGACCCGCCUCCAGGAGGUCCGCUGCGGCAUUGAGAGCCUCAUGCAGGAAAACGACCCUUUCCGCUUCAUCGAGGCGUACAAGACAACAGGAAAACAGUGCCGUAGGCAGCUACGGAAAAACAUGUUCUACCCCGAAUACGUCGACAUGGAGACGGAGGUUCUUGGAGUGAUGAUGGAGGAAGAAAUGAGGAAGUUCGUUGAGGAGGAACUACCGUGCCAAAUUGUUGCUGUCAUUAAUACCCUGUGUCAUAUGUCGGAUCUUGAGGAGGAGGAGGACCAGGAGGAGAACGAAGAAGAGGCCGUGGAUGAGGACGACGACGACGACGAUGACCUCGAUGACAGCAGCGUGGAGGAAAUGAGAAGCGAGGGGGAGGAGGAGGAAGAUGAAGAGGACGAGGACGAGGACGGACAUGACCAGAGUGAGUUGGCCGACGACCUUUACAGCCCAGGGGAGGAAGACGAGGAAGAGGGUGAAGAGGAGGAUGAUGAAGAGGACGAGGAUGGAGAGGAGGAGGACGAGGAAGAGAGAGGAGUUUAACCCAGUCCAGGAUUUGUAUACGUAUAUUUUUACACCUAUUGAAGCACUUUGGAUUUGAUCUUUAACUGCAGGUGGGUGCGACAGAUGUUGAGGUUGUAACAUCUGUUUUAGUGUUGCACUCACCUUCUCUUUGAAUGUCUCACGUACAGUUCAGGACCCGAGCAGCUACCACAUUUUGCCUCAGACCCUCAUGAAAUAUUGUAAGACGACACACUGGAUGAUAACAGAGCUUCGAUUCAGCUGGAUUAAAAACUAACUGCACUGAGAAUCUGCCAGUGUGAAUCUCAUGCUAAACCUGUGUUACAUACUGCUGAACUUAAGGUGCUUUAUAGUAGAAGACGUUUGCUGUAUAUGUAAACACACAAAUGUGAAUGUAUGAUGACAGAAUGUGGCUGGAAGGACUCAAACAACCUCAAUGAGAAUUUAGCAAACCCUCUGCAUGUCUGCCGUGCCGGGUUUUCUACCACUUUGUUCAAGAUUUUACGAAAUAUAGGACAAGAUUAGCUUUGAUCUAAUUUGUUAAGAGAACUUUCACCUGGUCACCUGAACUUUUGAUAUAACAGGUGCUGGGCAGAGAGAGCUUCUGAAACUAGGAUCCUUGAAUUUUCCAAGCAUAGAUAUAUAUAUAUAUAUAUAUAUAUAUAAAAAGUUUGAAUUCCUUGAGUUUCCCAGUUUUCCAUCACCGUAGAAAGCCUUUUGAUCUGUAUCCUUGUAAACAGGCCGACGUAUUUGACCUGAAGGAGAGCAAACACGUAAGGGUAGUUAGUAGUAUUGAUAGCCAAAUGAAGCCUCAUGAACCACUGUCUUUAUUUUCUGAAGCCACUAGAUGGCGCUGUUUGUUCAACAAAAGUUUGAAAGCACACUUCAUAGCAAGUCCUUCAGCCUUCAUCUUUACACCAAGAGUGCCAUGUGGUGGGGUCAGAAAAUAAAGAAAGUGGUUCAUGAGGCUUCAUUUGGCCAUCACUACCAGUUACUACUUGAAUGAGUCCUGCGUGUGUGGAUUGUUGUGAUUGUUUCAUUCAUGCUACAGUUUAACAUUGCAAGCCAAAGAGUAAGGAUGUGCGUCCGUGUGUGUGCGUAGAUGCUUCAAAAAAUUUUUUGUUUGCUUGGCAUGACAUUAGAAAAAAAAAUGCAAUGUGUUAAUAACAGUCUAUAUAGAUUAUAGGAUGUCUUUGCUUUUCAUAGUUGUGCUUCAAAAGCAGUUAAUGCAUUUGUUAAAAAAGAAAGUUCCUAUGCACAGUUCAUACAUUAUUCUCGAAAUAUCAGUUUCAGGUGAUGAAGAAUUUUGCACUUUAAUAAAAAAAAAAUUGCUAUGUUAGGCCUGGGAUAUUUGAAUGUUAAAAGUUGAUUUUUAUUUUGAUACGAGUGACGUUGUGAGGGGCCAAAAUGAAAUAAUAAAUAUAUAAUAAUAAUAAAGCCUGUUGAAA